GCAACGGUUUUGUGUCUUGUGCCUGCAUUUCAUCUAGGUACACCUCCAAGGGAAUACGAUGGGCAACGGCGGAAACGUGGCUAUGUUGAGAGAUACCCGUAUUGCUCAUGAUCUGGAGUCCUACAGUAAUUAUCGUAAUUUACCUAGAGGAACUCCUUGCCCAAGGGUACGGCCCCUGGUCUUGCUGCAUGUACCAGCUACACGCACCGGCACCAAGAUCUGGCCAGACGUCAUGUCCAGGGUCCUAUCCAGCUUUCCGGUGUUGUUAUUGCUGGGCUGAUGAUAUUGGUGCUGAUGCCCCUCUGUCAGCCUUUGCCCACCUCUCUCUCGGCUUGUCGGCAAAACAACCACUUUAGCUCCGACAUAGUGCCAAGAACUCGCCUAAAUUCUCCAGCUGUGACAUCGAUUGAGAAAGAGGAGCUUGCUUGCUGCUACAUCUCAGCCUCAUCAAAUCACCAACCUGGAGCCAAAGUCAACACAAACACAAGGAAACUCCCAUCCAAUCCCAAUUACGACCAGCAAGAAUACUCAAGAUCAGUCAAGAUGGAAGGACUUUCAGCUUCAGAGCAGAGAGAGUUCCAAUCUCGCAUGGAACGCAAGCAGAUGAAGGAAUUCAUGGGCAUGUUCUCCAACCUCGUAUCACACUGUUUCGACUCUUGCGUUGACGACUUCACCACCAAAUCCCUCAUCCAGCGCGAGACCGGCUGUGUUACACGAUGCGUACAGAAGUUCAUGGCGGGCAGUGAGCGGAUCGGGCAGAGAUUCCAGGAACAGCAAGCACAGAUGAUGAGCCAACCUCCUCCGGGGGGCAGAUAGAUCUUCACAAGACAGGUGAUGGGAUGAUAGGAUUUGAUGGAAUCACUGAUGGGUGUUGGAAGAGUGUACGAUAGCGAACGACGCUGCUUCUUGUAUGGUAUGAUACCUAGGGGGCGUGCAUGAUCGUCGCAUGGGAAUAAGUGUAUGAGACGGAUACGGCUAUGAUAAUGGGAUCAGAUUCAACUCCUGAGAGGAUUUUCGUUUGGCUCUUGAUGUUGGAACUGUGGACUCGGCCAUCAGACAUUACAAAAAUAGCGCAACGUACGGGUAUACAAGGAGUUUACCAC